UUCGGAGCUGAUAUAACCCCACGUGGACCCUGUUAGAGGUAGAGAAGGUGACAUUAAAACCUUUCUAGGAAUUAUCCCGGUCGCCUGCAGUAAUGAACGUCACCUCACCAACAAACAAGCGAGUCUAGGUUGGCCAUUGGUGCGCAACGCGACACCUUCGGUUAUCAUGGCAACGACUGCCUUUAAGCGAUGGCUGAAACACAAAAUCUCUACGGACAAUCCGCCGAAAGCUGAAGACGGCCAUGCCACGCCGGAGCCGCCGUACCGCGCAGAUUGGCCCAUCCUCCCGGCAACCACAGCAAACUGCAUGGGACCAAACUACGGGCUCUUCGGGACGUUGCCGCUGGAGGUCCGGCAACGGAUCUUGGCCCAGGCAUUCGGCAGCCGCACUUUACACGUUGACCUCACCUACGAUCACCCACUCGUCCGCAAGUCACAACUCAGCAUGGGCAGAAGAAUGAGAACGUUCCUGUCGCCACGUGCGGACGAGAAGGGGGCACGAGCCAGUCGCCGCCGCCACUGCGGCUUGGGAUCCGAUCUCGUCCGCGACACCAGCCAGCCAAAGCGAUGGCAGUGGUUUAGUUGCGUGUGCCAUCGCCGUGUGGUCGAAGCCGAUCCGAUCUGGGCAGGCGACCCUGGACCAUUCCCACCACGAUUGAGGCUCGAGCCAUGGAAGGACGGUUGUAUCACUGCGCCAAGUUUUGAGAGAGAUCCUUCGGAAUGGGGUACGCUAUGUCGCUGUGAACCCAUAGUAGUGCAUUCCGACCGUCCCAUGGCAGACGAUGAGUGUUUCAUUGGUAUUAUGGGCUGGUUGUUGGCGUGUCGACAGGCCUAUAUCGAUGGCAUCGACAUCCUGUACCGGACCAACGCCUUUCACAUCUCCAGCCUGCCCCUCCUGCUGGACCUCCCCCGUCUGCUGCCGCCGCAUCACCUAGCGCGCAUCCCCGCGCUCGAACUGAUAUGGGACCUUUUUGACCACCGCAAGACCAUCAACUCCAAAAUCAUGUCCGCCGUCUACGAGCGAGCACAGGCCGCCUCGGGCUCGCCUCUCGAGUCCACUAACACGGCAUUCCACGACCUCUGCGAGCUGAUCCCGCGGACGUUCCCAGACGCGCGCAACGUCUACGUCGCUCUGCUGGCCGACGUAAGCCCGCCCGUGAUGGAGAGCCGGCGGGACAUGAUGUCCCUGUUCGAGAGGGCCGUGCUGGGUCCCGUGGAGGACAUGUUCCGCGCGAUGGGCCCGGCGCCGGAGGAGAAGGAGUUCAGUCUUGCCCUGCAAUCGAAGGCUUUUCACCCCCUCUCGGCACGUCAUUGGCGGGAGCGUCAUCAUGUCGAUCCCAGCGUUUACUAUGCGCGCGGGGAUUGCUGCUACUACUACCCGGAGGCGCUACGGAGAGAGCGUGUUGAGGAGCGCGAAGGGAGGUGGUGCUGGGUGCGAGACGGGGUGCUGUUUGAUGAGCUAAGAGCGUGGAGGCCGUUGGACGGUGAUGGCCUGGCUGGGUACUGGCUGCGUCCGGGGUACCAUGAUUAUUGGCAUUAUAUGCUGCAAUGUAGGGCUUUUGGGGGAGGGUCUCAUGCUGUCGACUCAGACGAUUGGCUCUAUGAGUGGGACACCGAGUGAGAUUCGGUUCCGGUAACAUGGCACACGUUGGUACGAGCUCAACUACCUAAGUCAGGUAGUUAUGGUAGGUGAUUACCAAGUAACGAAAGGCUUAACGGCUUUGGAGGGAGCUUAUAUUAUGGCAAUCCUUCAGGUAAUACGAGUUCUUCUCAAAGCGUCCACGACCCCAGGUAUCAGGCCUCAGGACCCUGUCUGGAAGAGGCUAUCCCGGCUCGAUGAAGGGUUGGAUGGCAAGCAGCUACUAGCGCUCCACAACGUGUAGCACAUUUGAUGGUAAAGAUAGGUAAGAUAGGG